UCUCUACCUCCCGAUCGCACACCUCAAGCCCACACCCGAACCUCCCUUCUUCCUCCUCCAACCACAGUCCACCAAGGUCGGCGGUCGCCGCCCUCAUCACAGCCGGCCUUCACAACAUCCCAUCUCACUUUACCCUCUCUCGAUCGGGAGAAUCUCCUACCGCCGACAGCCCUUCUUCAUCUCCUCUACCUCUCCCAAUUGAAAAAGGAGGAGCCAUCUCGUCCUCUCCAAUACUCAUCCCCGGCGCCACCACCACAUCCUUCCUCACCGGCGGCCACCAUUCUAUCUUCUUCCUCACCCAAUCGGGAGAGGAGGCACUAACCAUCUCCACCUUCUUCCUCUCUCGAUUGGGAGCGGAAGCGCCACCUUGGGAACUCUCCAAUCCGAGGCUCUUCCAUUCAUCCAUCCUCAUCCACAGCUCUCUAUUCAAUUGGGAGAGAUUUUGACAGCCCACCUUCAUCCACCGACAAGUUUACAUCAGUGAGCUUCAGGAUUCCAAGCUCUUCUGCACUAUACACCCUUCCGAAUCCGUAGGUGGUAGCAUGAUUCAUUUCCGCUGCUCGUCACACGCCAUCCAUUCCGCUCGAGGAGUUAUAGGUUUUACUGUGACUGAAGAAGAGACUACAUCUUCAAUGUUAAUUUUGUUACUAUGAUCUAGUUGCAGGUAAGUAGAAGUAUGCAUUAUACAGGGUGCAUGAUGAACCUGCCAUGCAUAUAUAUUUUUACUUUAAAUAAAAAAUUUUGCAACAUGAUGAACCUGCCAUAUAGAUUUUAUAUCUCAUCUUCACUUUGUUUUGGAUGUCUCCGUUAAACAUGGCAAGUGGUGCUUCAAUAUCUUUGACAUACAUAGCUUCCGAAAGGGCAAUCCCAGGAUACGGAGGUGGAAUGAGCUCAGCAAAAGCUGCAUUGGAGAGCGAUACAAAAGUGCUGGCUUUUGAACUGCACUUGCUUGCCACAAAGCAUCAGAUGUUUCAUCUGAUUCCAACACCUCAGGGAGCUUUUAUGUACUCAAUGACAUAUUCCGUCUCAACGUGCUCAUUACAAAGAUUUUAGGAUACACUUGGAGGAAUGAUAGCUCGGCCUUAUCAUCUGGAGACGGUACCGAUGAGACAAGAGGCUUUGAUAAUCAAGCAAGCUCAGAAUGAUGACAACACAACCCAUGGACCCCCCUAGUUUAUGUUUCUGCUUUUAAUUGAAAUGAUGUAAUAAAAGAUUUAGUCCAGUAAAUUUUCUAUAAGAAUUACUAGUUGUUUAUGACUUA